CCAGCGCUUGCGAGGUUCGAACAGCCCGUGAUGCUGCGUCCGCUUGGUGGGCCUUUCGUUGAUAACCUCCGUGCUGGAGCGACGUACAGUACCUCAGGGGGUCAUGGGGUCUCCUCACCUCCACUUGCGGUGCGCGCCACACUCGCUCCCGAGCCGCCGUCGCACGGACCCCGCUCCGUCCCGCCCUUCUCCGCCGGAGUCGACUCGCGUACUUGGCUUCCAGGAUUUUUUUUCUCUUUUAUGAGAGUUCAGAAUUUAUUCGAGGCAGGCAAGGGCUGGUGAUCGCAGAGGCGCAUGUCAUUGUUUCUUUUUUCGAGUGCGAAUCGACAACCACAGUUAGGGCAAUGAGUUAUUAAGAACGGUCGUUUAGAGUGAACGAGAUUAACAACCCCUUAUUCCUGUGUAGAUUUCGCCGGUGAGAGCAUUUAAAGACUAAAGAACGGAGAACUCGUUAGCCGUGGUUAAUCCCCCCUGGCUCUCCUAACCACAGUGUCAAAUCGUUGUUUGUUUGUCGUGUAAGAGACCCAAAGUGAGGCGCCAUGAAGCUCCCUCUCGACCGCACGACCAUUAACGUGAUCAUCCUCGGUCUCGCCUUCAUGUUCAUCUUCACCUCCUUCCAGACGCAGGGGAACAUGCAGCAAGUGGUCAUCCGAAGCAUCCAGCAUGAGGACCCCAACUUCAAAGGCUCCGGCUACAUAUCCCUUGCUGUUAUUUACGCCGUGUUCGCCACCUUCAACUGGCUGUCUCCUUCGUGCCUCAGUUUCCUUGGCCCGAAGAUUACGAUGAUCAUUGGCGGAAUCUCAUACGC